AUGACCCUCAAAGCCCCCCGCCCCCCAUCUCGCUCCUCCUGCUCCUCCACAUCCCUCUCCUCCUGGUCCUACACAUCCCGCUCUUCCUGGUCCUCCACCCCCUCCUCUCCUCUCUCCUCCCCGGGCCCAGGAGCUCCUCUCUCUGGUCCUCCACCCCCUCCUCUCCUCUCUCCUCCCCGGGGCCAGGAGCUCCUCUCUCGGGGCACUGCAGCAGCUUGUGUCGCCCAUAAAGCAGCGCGCGGUUCAAUGACACCGCGGCAAAUGGAUCUCCACGAGCACAGCCUCCCCUCUGCCCCCGUGCCUCCCCCGGGGGAAGCGCGGCCUGAAGGGGGCGCUCACGCAGAGGUGGACGGAGCCCGAGCGUACGGCACGUUCAAGAGCCCCGCCCCCGCGCCCCCUGAGCAGAACAACUGGAGCAGCGCGGGUCCAAACCCGGUCCAGAACCAGACCAUGAGCCAGACCACCAUCAUCCUGGGCACUGACGGCAGCGCGAGCGUGCAGCCGGGGGGCGCGCUCCACAGCGGCGCUCUGUGUGAAGAAGAAGAGGACGAAGGCGGCGACGAGAACAAAGCUCGAGGAAACUGGUCCAACAAACUGGACUUCAUCCUGUCCAUGGUGGGCUACGCCGUGGGGCUUGGCAACGUGUGGAGGUUCCCCUACCUGGCCUUCCGGAACGGCGGAGGUGAGAGGAGCUAG